ACAGGAGAAGAGUGUGGAGGUAUGUAUGACAGUGGGCAGUAUGUACAGGGACAGGGGAGGAGUGUGGAGGGUAUAACAGUGGGCAGUAUGUACAAACAGGGAGGAGUACAGUGUACAGUGGGAGGGUAUAACAGUGGGCAGUAUGUACAGGGGAGGAGUGUGGAGGGUAUGACAUUGGGAAGUAUGUACAAAAGAGGAGUGUGGAGGGUAUUACAGUGGUCAGUAUGUACAGGAGAGGAGUGUGGAGGUAUGACAGUGGGCAGUAUGUACAGGAGAGGAGUGUGGAGGGUAUAACAGUGAGCAGUUAUGUACAGGAGAGGAGUGUGGAGGGUAUAACAGUGGGCAGUAUGUACAGGAGAGGAGUGUGGAUGGUAUAACAGUGAUCAGUAUGUACAGGAGAGGAGUGUGGAGG